AUGUAUGAAAAUAGGACAAUUAAUGAAUUUGAUUCAAUAAAAGAUGCAACAAAAUUUCUUAAAAGUCUUGGCAAAAAUGUACAAGCUCGUUUUUAUCCUUUAUGUACAUAUAAGAAAUUUUUGACAAACAAUUCUAUUGACUGGGAAAAGUAUGAAGAACAUAUCAACAAAAAGGUAAAUUCAGUUUUUGUAAGAGAUGUUCCAUUUGAUAAAGUUAAAAAAUUUCCUACACUUUCAUUUAAUGAGUUAUCAUCGUUUAACAAUGCAAUUAAAAUGAAAGAUUUAGAAAUGGUUAAAAAUUGUGUUAAAAACAAUCCUAAAUAUUUAAUUAAUACUGACAACGAUAUGCCACAAAUCAUAUUUUGCGGAGCAAAGACAAAUGCUUUAUAUCAAGCUGCAAGAUUUAAUAAUCCUGAAGCAUUAAAUUACAUUCUUACAACUUUGAGAGAUGAUUGUUUUUGGGAACAGUUAUAUGAAAAAAAUGAUAUGUUUAAGUUACGAAUUAAUGUUUAUUGGGAUAAAUUAUUAAAUAGUUUGGAUAAAAAGUUUGAAAAAACACCGUUACAUUAUGCAUGUUCUUUUGGAUAUAAAGAAAUUGUUUGCCUACUUUUGAAAUAUAAUAUAUUAGAUAGAUCAAUAAAAAAUAGAAAAGGAAAAACUGCUUAUGAAAUAAUUUGUAGUCAAUGUGUAAAACAUGAUGAAAGUCUUGCAAAUGAAAUAAGAACUUUAUUUAAUUCUCAUUAUAUAUCACUUUAUAUUACACCAUAUCAAAGCAAAAAACCAAAAGUUAUAAUAACUAGAGAUGAUCCAUUUUGUAGAAUGAAAGAAAAUUCAUGUGGUAUGAAUUUAUUUGAUGAAGAAUUAUUAGUUGGUUGUGCUGGUCCCGUUCCUGAAGAAGUUAGUCAAAAAUUCAAAGAAAGUUGGCUUAAACUUGAUAGGGAAAGUUUAUCUUUAGGUCAUUUAAUUUAUGAACGAAGGGGGUAUAUGUUAUCUCGAGCAUAUGAUGUUGAAUAUACGCAAUAUUUUGAAUUUUUAAAAGAUUAUAUUAAUGUAAAUAAUUAUGAAUCAUUAGAGAAAUUAGACAAUUAUUUUGAAAAUAUAUAUGAUCAAAACAAAUUUGUAGAUUGUGUGGAUGGUUUUACUAAUGAUAUUGAUACAUUAACUUCUAUGAUGGAAAGAAUGUUGAGGUUAAGUUCAUCUGAAAAUGAAGAAAAUGUUGUUGAUUCAACGUCGUUAUAUAAUAUUAGAAAUAAUGAAUCUGAUGAAGAAAUGGAUUUUUCUACACCACCAUCAUCACCGAAAGAAUCGCCAAGUAUUUUGAGAAAUUACAAUACAUUAAUAAACAAUGAUAUGGAGGAUAUUAGCAACAAUGAUACAUUUAAUCCUGAUGAUACCAUAUUUUUAUCAAAUUCUAUACCUUCGAAAGAAGAUAUGUACUUAUAUGAGAUAUUAAAAAAUGUGUAUAAAAAGUGGAAGAAGGAUGAAUUGUUUUAUGUAAAACUUUUUAUUGCAUCAUGUGAACAUUUAUCUGUUAAACAUAUUAAAGAUUUGCCUCCUAUGAAUUCACCUCGUCACCAAAAGCUUUCUUCGAGGUGUAAUGCUAUUCACUCAUUACCAUUAGAAAAGAGGAGGAACAUAUUUAAUUCAGGUGAAGAAGUAAAUGAUUAG